AUGUUAGCUCCUCCUCCUCCUCCUCCUGCUAAUACAAGCAACUCAAGUACACUAGAUACAACAGUAGCAACAACAGUUGGAGAAAAUGUGACGGACGCAGCAUUGUUACCAACUGUGUCAACCGUAAAAUCAGCAACAAACACAACACAAAUAUCUUCUCUACUGAGCACUACAUUAGCAUCUUUUGAAGAUAAUACAGGUCCAAAACCAAUUCAACUCCCAGUUCCGAAAUAUGAACUGCCCAUUGAAGACUUAGUGGAUGUUCGAUAUGAAAACACUGCAAACCACUAUUGGUCAUUUAAAAGAGUGGUUGGGAAAUCAUUUAUCUUCGAUCGUGCUCCAGACCGUAAUACACUGACGCGAUCGAUAUAUGACAGAUUAUCGCUUUUCGACAGUAAAUUAAGUAACGCUGGUCCAAUUUACAAUGACUUAAAUAACAUGAAGAAAUCUUUAUUUAUAUCCUUAAAUGGAACCCUGCCAGAAAAAAGAUUAACUACUCCCGGAAUUCAUGAUACUCAAGAUAGUAUUUACAUUAAUUUAAAUGAGAAUGAAAGUUGUAUUUGCUUGCUGGAUGACAUUACACGUGAACGAUAUUACUUUAAACAGUGUUUACUAGACAUUAAUGAAUGUGAUUAUGGAUUGAGUUUGUCGAUUUGGCUUCAAUUCACGACAGAAACAUUCAAUCCAAAAGAAGUCCUUAUAUCAACAGCUCCAGAAAAAGGAAAAGGCUUUUCUCUUUUAAUUAACAACGGGAUGUUAGAAUUUGAACUGAGGACAGCAGAUACCCUUUGGAAAGUUAACAGUCCAAUUACAAAAACAUUAAAUCAAUGGGUUAAUAUUGGUGUUGUAUGGGGUAAAAGUGCACAAAUGAUAAAACUGGUGAUAAAUGGUAAGAUAGUUGCUGUGAAAAAUAAUUAUCAAGGCGUUCAAUAUUUGGGUAGUAAUUCAACACCAACAUCAAUUUGGGUCGGUUGUAAUAGAGGAUUAGAUGGAGAUAAAAUCAUCUCCUCUGUUAAUCCAGGAAUUAGAGUAGCGACAGUUGCCUUAUGGUAUUGGCCUAUCCAAUUAAAUGAAUUGUUUAGCGGAGGCCUGGGAAAGUUGAAGCAUUAUUUAUUAACUGAAAGAGUUGCAGAACCAUUAGUUCCUCAACCAACUAAAACCACAAAUUAUGCAGACUACACAAAUGAAGUUGAAGAGCUUACACCAGCUGAGGAAAUUAGUGAAACUUUAAAUCCAAUUUAUUUAAUGGCAGAUUAUUACAAUCCUUUAUUGGUUUUACCAUUAAAUUAUACAAAACACGAUAUUGAAUUGGUAGCUGAUCGUUCUAAACUGAAAACUGCUUAUAAGUUAACAUCAGUUAGAAGUUGUUUUGAAAUGAAACUCUUUAAUGUGAAAACUUGUCCCGGUAAUAUAAGCCUUUGCACUCGAGGUUUAUCUAUGGGAGUAUGGUUAAACAUACCGGAUAUUUUAGAUACUACUGUUGGUAUACUAGAUAUUUUAGAAUUAGUCAAUGGUAUCACUGUGUCAGUUUAUAACAAUUAUAUCAAUAUUUUCGUUAACUCAAAUAUGGGUCUAGUUGUUUUUCGUGUAUACAGUAUGAUACCGAGAGAUGUCUGGUUCAAUAUUGGUAUAAGUUUAUCAAACUUUAUAGAUCCUACCGCAUCUGUAUACUUUAAUGGUAUUUCAAUGCCUGUUGAACAAGUUAUGCCACCAACAGGAACUCCACUGAAAAGAACUGAUCGUUGUUUAAAUGGACUAAUUCUGGGCAGCUCAAAAAUUGAACAAAGUGCUGCUGGCAUCGCUUACAAUGAUUUUAUUCUAUGGUAUAGAUGGUUGUAUUCGUUUGAGUCACAUCUUUUUGUGGGUUAUACAAGAGCACAACAAGCUAAUCUUCAUAAUGCCAGCUAUUAUUGGACACCUGAUCCCUAUAUAUUUUAUGAUAGUAGUGUACAAAUACAAGUUAGACAGAAAUAUAAAUAUUUACAACCAGAAAAUGAUUAUUCAUUAACAGGUAUACCUGGUUAUUCAUUGGCAUCAAUUUAUCGUCCAAAAUUUGUCAAAUUUCAUUUCAGUCAUGAUGAUUAUGAGAAUAAAUCAAAAGUACCUGUACUUGAAAUGAAACCACAACAUUAUAUGAUGUUAGGACAGCGUAAGUCAGCUGAGGUGAUAUCAACGAAUUUAAUAUGGACUGGGAAAUGUUUAAUAGAGCCAAGUCUAUCUGCUUGUAGUGCACGUGGAUUCUCAAUGUCAAUAUGGAUAAAAUUAUUAUCUGUUAGCCAAGAUCGCAUAAGAUUUUAUUUAAAUUCUGGUGACGGAGGAACAAGUUUAUCAACAAUGAGUUAUUGUCGAGGAAUAUCAAUAUUUACUGACACAUCAUUGAUUGGUGUUUCAAUUUCACAGUUAUCAUCGACAUGGCAAUUAGUACUGGAUUCGAGUAGUUAUAAAAUUGGACAAUGGAUUAACAUUGGUAUAUUAUGGCGAGGAGAUGUCGGGUUAACUCUGUUACUCGAUGGUGUCAAUUAUGGAAGUAUACUUUCAAACGGUCAGAAAACUUACAAACCACGUGAAUCACCACCGUAUCUUGUGCUUGGACGUUAUGAUACAGAUAAUCAAGCUGCAUGGUUGUCACCUUCUGAUGCAGAUUAUGCAGCUAAACAAAACAGAGGAAAUGAACCUCAAUGGGAAAUGAGUCACUAUGUAUUAGGUGAUAUAGCCUAUUUCAAUAGAUUUUUAAGUCAUAAAGAAUAUAAUGAACAGAUUGGUUUGUUAGGAAAUCCAUAUCUACGUAAUAUACUUGGUAAUGUUUGGUUUGGUAGAAAUAUGAUUAGUCCACCUAUAUCUGAAAUUAUGGAAGCUGUCUCGAGAAACAUUUCAAAACCUGGACCGAUUCUUAAUGGAGUGUCAAGUUCAGUACUACUUUUACGAAAUCCUGAGGCAGUACAGCUAUCAGCGGGUGGUUCUCUACGUCUAGGCACAUUUAGAGUAAACGGAUGCCCAUAUAAUUUACAAAACUGUCAACAGAGUUUAAGUAUAGGUGGUUGGUAUCGUUUUGGAGGAUAUUUUACAAAACCAACUGAUAAUCAUAUUGAACCAAUAAUAUUAUUUAGUGGAUCUGGUGGAGAUUAUGGUUUAACUAUAUCAUAUAAUGGUGCAUUAUUAGGUGGUUGGUUACAAUACAAUAUAAUACAAAAUAAUACAAUAAUACAAAAUUAUUGGUUAUGUAUUGCUGAUAAUUUACAAAUUGGUUUAAAUCAAAAAAAUAUGCAAUGGAUUCAUUUUAGUUUAAUUUGGGGUAUGAAUAAUAAUAAUAAUAAUAAUAAUAAUAAUAAUGAAUACGUUUUACAAUUAUUAAUUAAUGGAUUAAUUAUCAUAGAAUGUAAUAAAAAUAUACAAAUUAAUAAUUUAUUAUAUCAACAAUGGAUUAAUCAAGCAAUUGAAAAAUCUAAAAACUUAUUUAAUGAAACUAAUACAAAUAAACAAUCAUUUUUAUUAAUUAGCUCUAAGACAUUAGAUCCAAUUCAAGAGAUAACAUUUUCCAUUGCUUUAUUAAUAUUACAACCAAGAUAUUUAACAUUAACUAGUUUAAUGAAUUUAAUUGGUAUGGAAUAUUAUGAAAUAAUAGAAUUAUUAUAUUCAACAUUUUAUUGGCAAAUGUCUGGUUUAUUAUAUCAAUUAACAUCAAAUCGUAUAAAAAUAAUUAAUUCAUAUUAUGGACGUGAUCAAUAUGAUAAUCCAAAUGGUGCAUUAUGUACUGAAGGUAAUUAUUUAUCAUAUAUUAUAUUGAAUGGUGAUAAAAUUGGAUUAAAUGGUGAAAUGACUAAUUUAUAUGAAUCAUGUUUAUAUGAUCCAUCUAUAUGUAAACGUUAUGGUUUAAGUUUUCGAUUUAUAUUACUUGAAUUACCAAAUGAAUUAGAUGGAAUUCAUGAAAUUCUACGUACAACACCAAUAAAUAGUAUAAUAAAAACUGUUGGAUUACGUAUGUAUUUAUCAUCAGAUCAAAAUGAAUUUAUUGUUGAAAUACGUAGUCAAUAUUUAACUUACAAAUAUUCAAUAAAACGUAAUUUUAUACAACAACCUGGUAAAUGGAUAAAUAUGCAAAUAUUUUAUUAUCAAGAUCAUCCAUUAACAAUACGUGUUGAUGGUAAUACAAAUACAUCUAUUGAAAAUGGAACAAUUAUUAAUGAAGUAAAUGUUAAGUUAUCAACUGAUGUAAGAUUAAAACAAAAUUUAAUGAUUGGACGAGGUUUAAAAAUGUGUAUAAGCUCAAUGACAUUAUAUGAUAUGUCAAGUGAAAAUAAUUUUGAUUUAUUAGCCAGCACAGCUAAUUCACAAAUAUGUUAUACAAAUAUGGAUAUAUUUGAACCAUUACAAGGAUCAAUAAAUGAUUAUAAAAAUCGUACAAAUUCUGCAUCUAGAUUAGAAAAUUUUAUUAGACCAUUAUCAUUUCCAUCGGCAUCUUGUAUUCAAUAUCCAGAUAUAUGUAGCAAGAACGGUAUGACUAUGUCAAUGUGGAUAAUGAUUAAUGGAUUUGUCAAUGAAUAUGGAGAAAAUCUUGAUGUGAAGAACAAUGAAAGCCUGACUGCAAUGAUUUUGUCUACUGGUCCACCCAAUAAUUCUGGAAUUUUAAUUCAAGUCAGCGGUCAAUUAGAAAAUGAAGAAUUGAAGCUGUCAUUAAAAACUAGUAUUUACACUCGAAAUUAUUUAUGGCUAGUUGAUUCAAACAAUGCAUUGGAAUUAGGUCAAUGGACAAAUAUAGCAUUCAGUUGGUUUAGUCAACCAGAAGAUAACAGUGGUUCACUUGGAAUUUAUAUAAAUGGUUUACUUAAACAAUCCUCAACAAUACCGACUUCUGUGUUGAAUAUGAACACAGAGUUAAAUGAUACUUCUAAAGUAUUUAUUGGUUCUGCAUAUUACAAUUGGAACAAAAAUACAACUGAUUCAGUCAAUAAAGUAUUUGCCACCGGAGGCAUUGCAAAUUUAGCAUAUUGGGAAAGCAAAAAUGUUAUCAGUUGUUCAAAGCCUAGAAAAACAAAAAAAUUCUUACUUGGAGAUUGUGAAAGUGAUAAUGACAUACCAGAAACAGUUACAUGCGUUAUGAUGCAAGGUUGUAAACAAGUUGACGGUCUCGUGUGUAUGGAUGAAACACUAUCAAAUCUUAUUCGAAUGGCAAAUCAAGCAAAUAAACUUAUUUAUCCAUCAGAUUUUAUGAAAGUUUUACAAAUUAGUAUGAACCUUUUAAAGAUGUAUAACCCUUAAGAAACUAUUUCCAAUAAUAAUAAUAAUAAUAAUAAUAAUCAAAACAAUGAUAUAUCAUUUGCUUUAAAUGUUUUAUCAUCUACAAUGAAUAUAAUACACUCAUGGUUUAAAACAAUUGAAACAUUUACAAAUACUAUAGAUCAAUCAUUAAUUAAUGAAAUUAAUUCAAUAAAACAAAAUAUUCAUUACAUAAUAAUCAAUUUAAUAAAUCAAUUAUUAUCAUCACAGUUUAAACCAAUAUGGUUACAAUUAUUACAAGAUAACAUCAUUAAAUAUAAUAAAUUAUUACCUGAAUUAAAUAGAAUAUUUUUAUUUAUUUCAAAUAUCAAUGAAUAUAGUCAAUUAAAUUCAUGUUAUACAUUGAGAAAAUUAAGAAAAAUGAAUGUAGCUAGUUAUUCAUUAAGUUUUCAAUUGAAUAAUACUAAUACUAAUUAUAAUGAUGAUAAUAAUUGUUUAUUGGAUAAUAAGAAUCCUUUAAUGUUAAAUAUAUCCCAUUUAACAAAUUCAGGCAAUGAAAUUUAUCAUUCUCAAUUUAAAAUUAAAACUAAUCUUAAUGAUGAUCAACAGAAUAUACAAUGGAAUGGAGCUUUGACAAUUUUAACUAUUCUAAGUAAUAAUAAUGAAAACUUGAAGAUUGCUGAUAUUCCAUUAGAUAAAUUUAGUACUAAUACACAAUAUCAACAGAAUUAUAUUGCUAAUGAACAGAAAACGUUAUAUAAGAAUAAUACUUUACAAUCGAAUACACCAUUUUUAUUUUUUAUUGCAAGUCCAUUGUAUUCUGUUGAAUUUUAUGCAGAAAAUCAGUUAUAUAAGACACUAAGCAAUAGUGUUAAUAGUAAUAUGACAAUUCAACUCAAUUAUACAGUACCAUUAUUACAUUUGAAUAAAUAUCAAAGUGUUUAUUAUUAUGAAACAACUUGGCGUAUGAAAUGGAUGGCAUAUAACUCUGAAAAAUAUAAUGAAGGAGUAUUAGCCAAUCAAAUACGUUGUGUAUAUUGGGAUGAUCAGUUAGAUAUAAAUGGUGCAUGGAAUACAGAUGGUUGUCAAAUUAUUAAAUCUACUAAAACACAUGUGCAAUGUUCAUGUAAUCAUUUAAGUCUAUACGCUGUAGCAAUGGAAUCAGAAGAUGCACCUUAUAGAAGCGUACCAAUAUGGAAAGCAUGGGGUACAAAAUCAGAAUCAGAAUGUACCAUGUUGAUGAAUAUUAUUAUUUUUGGAGGGAAUGGUCUAUCGUUGACAUGUUCAAUAAUAUUUCUUCUUACUUUGAUCACUGUAUGGAAGAAGGCUAGUAUACCAGAUAUCUGUUUGACACGUAUGGGCUUAUGUUUGUGUCAAAUAGGAUUUCAUGCUACUUUAUUGAUUGAACCAUUAAUGAACCAAUAUCAGAUACCAUGUCAAGCUAUUGGUGUAUCCUUAAAUCUAUUUGCUAUACUUGUAUCAAGUUGGCUUUCAAACGAAGCAAUAAGUCUAUUCAAAAGUUUUGUAUUAGGUCAAUUAAAAUUAACUUAUUGUUGGACAUGGAUUACAGGUAUUGUUAUACCAGUUUCAUUAGUUUUAAUACCGGCAGUUAUAUCGAAGUUAAACUCACACGGUGGUGAUUUACUAUGUUUACCAGCAAAUGAAUCAUUAGAAUUUUGGAUUAUGUUCGGUUCAAUGUUUGCUUAUACAAUUAUUAAUAUAAUUGUAUGUUUUACGUUAACAUGCAAUCUAGAAACACCAGCAUUUUUACCGCCAAAGAUACUUGAUAGACUAUUCACACGUGUGAAGAAACUGAAUUCAUUAUUAUUGUACUAUCUCAUAACUUGGAGUCUACUUUUUGUUGUAAUACAAGUGACAAUACCGUAUGUAGUUUUUAUUGCAUUCGCCCUUGUCUCUUUACAGGGAACAUGGAGUUUUGUUAUUUAUGGUUUAGAAGACAGAGAAUUGUUUAAAGCUUGUCUAGGAAAUACGCAAAACCAACAACAAAGUGACAAUAUUUUAGAAACUAAUAAACUGUCAACAGAUCCUGUCAUAAAGAAUAUGGAAAAAGAUGAAUUAUACAUAACUAAUCAGUCUACUCAUCAAGAUAACAGUACUGCUGUGAAUCAACAAGAUCAAGAUACUAAAAAAGAUGCACGAAUUCUUCAAAGAAACAAAAGCAAUAAGAAGGAUAUUUAAUAAAUGUCAGUUCUAAUUGACCCCAUAUAUAAGUUAUCAAUUAAUUGAAUACAAAGAAAAUAAUGAAAUACUGUAAAGUAUCACUUCUUUUUUGGAUUAACUACUUGUAUCACUAUUUGAUGUUGUUAAAAACUUCAUGUCCGUAAAUACUGAUCUAUCCAGAAUGGGAUUAUCUUUAUUACAUAUUUUCAGAAGAAUAUAAAACCUAUUUAAUAAAUUGUAAUUCAUGAUUAAAUCCAAUCUUAUUCUCUUAGUUGAU